UAGGCUUUAUAUAACAUAAAAAGCGCAAAAGCGAGGAUAGAGAAGCCGAAAAGGUUGGGAGUGAUGGAGCUCCUCGCAAGCUCUCCUCCUUUUAUCUUCAACAGGAACCUCAAACCCCAUCUCCACACCCCAAAAUUCAUCAAUUCGCAGGUUCUGCUAUGGAAAUUUCGGGUCUCUAGGAUUGUAGGAGAUGGUUUCCAAAAUCGUUUAUUAUCUUUAGAGUAUGAUGUCAAUGGUGGAAGAAAAGGUUGCAAGUCCCUCAAGAUUGGUGAUGGAGCUUUUAUGUCAUGCAGUUCCUUCUUUCAACCAUUUUGGAAGCUUCAAAGCUUCACAUCUCGGUCAUGGUCGCUACUUCUUUGUACCGGCGCUACAAAGUUCAGGGAGUGCGCUACAAGUCACAAAGUACUAAAUUGGAAAGAGAGGUUCAAAAGGCACUUCUUUGUGCUUUUCUUUCAGUUGGCCAUUGGCAUGGUGCUUAUAAUGUCACUUUCUGUGGCAGUUAGCAAGACGCCAUCCUGGGCACUCACGGAAGAGAAUCUUAUUUUCUUGGAGGCAUGGAGGACAAUUGACCGUGCAUAUUUUGACAAGACUUUUAAUGGGCAAAGUUGGUUUCGGUAUCGAGAGAAUGCACUUCGCAACGAACCAAUGAACACACGAGAAGAGACAUAUAUGGCAAUAAAGAAAAUGCUUGCAACGCUUGAUGAUCCUUUCACUCGCUUUCUGGAACCAGAUAAAUUCAAGAGCUUGCGGUCUGGAACUCAGGGAUCUCUUACAGGUGUGGGAUUAUCAAUUGGCUAUCCAACAGGAAUUGAUGGUUCACCUUCAGGACUUAUUGUGAUUUCAUCUUCUCCUGGGGGGCCUGCAGAGAGGGCUGGCAUUAUGCCUGGUGAUGUUAUCUUAUCAAUUGAUAAUACAAGUACAGAGACCAUGGGGUUAUAUGAUGCAGCUGAACGCCUACAGGGUCCAGAGGGAAGCUUAGUAGAACUGGCCAUUCGCAAUGGACCUGAAAUAAAGCAGGUUUCUUUAAAGCGAGAGAGAGUUUCUCUGAACCCAGUGAAGUCAAGGCUAUGUGAGGUUCAGAGUUCGGGGAAGGACAGAUCCAGAAUUGGAUAUAUCAAACUGACGUCAUUCAACCAAAAUGCUUCCGGAGCUGUCAAGGAAGCCAUCGAAACUUUAAGAAGUGACAAUGUCAAUGCCUUUGUGUUGGACCUUCGAAAUAACAGUGGUGGAUCUUUCCCAGAAGGAAUCGAGAUCGCCAAGAUCUGGUUGGAUAAAGGUGUAAUUGUCUAUAUUUGCGAUAGUCGUGGUGUUCGAGAUAUAUACGAGACUGAUGGAAGUAAUGCAAUAGCAGCAUCAGAACCUCUGGCUGUGUUGGUAAAUAAAGGAACUGCAAGUGCGAGCGAGAUAUUAGCUGGAGCCCUGAAAGAUAACAAGCGUGCAGUGCUAUUUGGGGAGCCCACAUUUGGAAAAGGGAAGAUCCAGUCAGUUUUUGAGCUAUCUGAUGGAUCCGGCUUGGCUGUUACUGUGGCCCGGUAUGAAACCCCUGCUCACACUGACAUUGACAAGGUUGGUGUGAUCCCAGACCAUCCUCUACCAACAUCAUUUCCAUUUGAUGAAGACGAGCUCUGCAGAUGCCUCAAGGAUCCUGCUUCAUCCUGUAACCUCGGCAGUGUCAAGCUAUUUUCAAGAUGACUUGUCGGUGGCUUCAGAAGUGUAAUUGGCAUUCUUUAACAUGCAAAGCUUUGAUUGAUGCGAUUGCCAUUUGGCAUUCUUAUUUGUGUGAUUUAUGUAGUUCCGGGUGGAAGGUUCGGAUCAUGGAAUUUGUCUGGGGCAUCAACAAUUUAGGACGAUUCUUUUGUUUGUAUUAUAUUAUUUAUUCAUGGUAAUGGAAUAACUAUAUUUAAAAUUUAA